AUGACGCUUCACAUUCCGUACUUCGCGGCGCUCACGACGUACAUCAGCUAUGGCUUCCUCUUCCUCUUCGGCCACAUCCGCGACACCUUUCGCUCGCUGCUUCCGCAGCUCAAGGACACGUUGAAGGGCUACGCACCCCUGUGUCGCGACUUUGAAGACUUCUACACUCGCCGCUUCUACUAUCGCCUUCAGGUGCGCCCCUCGCCUUCAGGUGCGCCCCUCGCCUUCAGGCGCAAGGAGUCAGUGGUGCGGAGUCUGAACCUGGGGUCGUACAACUACCUGGGCUUCGGUGCGCCCGACCCCUUCUGCACUCCCCGUGCUCAGGACUCGCUGCGCCUCUUCGGCUCCUCCACCUGCAGCAGCCGCACCGACGCAGGGACGACUGAGGUGCACGUGGAGUUGGAGCGGUGCAUGGCGGAGUUCAUCGGCAAGCCAGCUGCCCUCGUGUACGGCAUGGGCUUCGCCACCAACUCCCUCACGCUGCCCGCCCUCGUUGGCAAGGUGCGCCCUCGUUGGCAAGCUCAUAGUCACAACUCAUACCUGUGCCUGCGACUAUCCUUUGAUGUGCUACUGCAUGCUGCCAUGUGUGGAGGGCAGGGGAGUCUGAUCAUCAGUGACUCGCUCAACCACUGCAGCAUCAUCGCGGGAGCGCGUGCGUCGGGUGCCGGCAUCAAGGUCUUCCAACACAACGUGCCGGAGAACCUGGAGCAGGUGCUGCGCACGGCGAUAGCAGAGGGGCAGCCGCGCACGCACCGGCCGUGGAAGAAGGUGCUGAUAGUGGUGGAGGGCAUCUACAGCAUGGAGGGCGAGAUCUGCCGCCUGCAACAGAUCGUGGACAUCAAGCGCAAGUACAAGGCGUACCUCUUCCUCGACGAGGCGCACAGCAUCGGCGCGCUGGGCCGCACGGGGCGCGGCGUGUGCGAGGUGGCGGGCGUGGACCCGGCUGACGUGGACGUGCUGAUGGGCACCUUCACCAAGUCCUUCGGCUCCUGCGGUGGCUACAUCGCCGCCUCCCACGAGCUGAUAGCGUAUCUCAAGGCCACGAGCCCCGGGCACCUGUACGGGACGGCGAUGGCUCCAGCAGCGGCGCAGCAGAUCCUGUCGGCGCUCAAGCUGCUGCUGGGCCACGACGGCUCCUCCAGAGGGGCUGCACUUUCCUCCUUAGCUGCUGCGCCCACAUGCGCAUGGCAGUUAGCAUGCCCCAUGAGUCGCCACAUGACUAUCUCUACCUCCGCUCCAUGCCCGCACCCCAUGUGCUCUCCCCCACGCCCCUCCUCCUCACGUUCCCCUAUGCCCAUGUGUGCGCGCUGGGGUGGGCGAGCAGGGCAGGAGAAGCUAGCGCAGCUGAGGGAGAACUGCAACUGGUUCCGAGGGGAGCUGCAGCGCCUGGGGCUGGAGGUGCUGGGCGAUGAGGACUCGCCCGUGAUGCCCAUCAUGAUCUACCACCCCGGCAAGAUCGCUGCCUUCUCCCGCGAAUGCCUCAAACGCCAUGUGGCGGUGGUGGUGGUAGGCUUCCCCGCCACGCCUGUGCUGCUGGGCCGCGCCCGCAUCUGCAUCUCCGCCGCUCACACCCGCGCCGACCUUGAGUACGCCCUCAAGGUGAGAAUGCGCCCUCAAGGUGCUAAUGCGCUUUCAAGGUGCAAAUGCGCCCUCAAGCGUCAUGGUUGGUCGGGGCAGCGUCAUGGUCGGGGCGAGGUGCGUGCUGGUUGUGAUAAACCAUGCUGUCCUCUGUCCCGCCGGGCAGCUGGCCCGUGGCUGGGUACCGGUAGUUCAAGUCAGGUGGUGAGUGCGGGCAGUGUAGCAGCCGUGGGCGCGGGAGGAAUGGCGUGCACAGUGACUGCCAAGUACACCUGCACUCCAGGCCCUGCCCUCCUUGCUGGACAGCGCCCUGCCCUCCUUGCUGGACAGCGCCCUGCCCUCCUUGCUGGACAGCGCCCUGCCCUCCUUGCUGGACAGCGCCCUGCCCUCCUUGCUGGACAGCGCCCUGCCCUCCUCGCUGGACAGCACCUGCGGUGGGCGCAGGGCGGCACGUUGGAGUCUCUCGUCCAGGGCGAGUCUCUCGUCCAGGGCCCCAUCGCCCCCAUCUCCUCUGCUUUGACCUCCGAGGAUGGCCUUCGAGCGGAGGCACGGCUUGUUGGGGCGGGAGGAGGAGCGGCGAAGGCUCCAUUUGUUCCUCCGCGACUCAUAGGCGGCGAGCAGUUGUCCCCGAACCACGUGACUGGCUCCAUGGAGUCCCCGGGGCACCUGUGCUUGCUGACGGACAGUCAGCAGGUGCUGCAUGGCCCCGGUGCCGUGAGUGAGCUCCGGUGCCUGAGCCCCGGUGCCGUGAGUGAGCCCGGUGCCGUGAGUGAGCCCCGGUGCCUGAGCCCCGGUGCCGUGAGUGAGCCCCGGUGCCCCCCGGUGCCGUGGGUGCUGGACGAGGUGGCGGACCUGGUGGGGCUCAAGUACAUCCCGCCGCUGCCGCCUCUCCACGCCUCCCCCCACGCCUCCCCCCACUCCUCCCCCUCCAAUGGCCCCGUCUCCCCUGGAAUGCCGGACAGCCAUGCCAAGGUCCAUGGGGGGGUGCUGGGUCACGGGAAGGUGGAGUAA